AAGCCCGCCUUGAUUCUGCUGACGCUGGACAAUCCUCAAGAACAAUGAUCGAGUGUCUAGCGCUAAACCUGCAAGUUCCUUCCUAUCCCAAUCGUGGUUUUCCCAUCAACCAUUGCAGCAGAAUCAGCUCUCUACAUCAUUUCCGCCCAUCUGUUUCAUUCUCAGACCAGUCCAAGUUCCUACGUCUUCGAAUUUCUGGUCGAACUCAAGCUACGCCUGCGCCCAUGGAAGCUGAACAAGCUGAAGGUUCUGUUGCGAACAGUGGUUCAUCCCCACCCAUGAAGCUUCUAUUCGUGGAGAUGGGCGUCGGCUAUGAUCAACACGGGCAGGACGUAACAGCUGCAGCAAUGAGAGCGUGCAGGGAUGCUAUUUCUUCCAAUUCAAUCCCAGCUUUCCGAAGAGGUUCUAUUCCUGGUGUCACCUUUGAUCAGAUGAAACUACAGAUCAAGUUAGGGGUCCCUCAUUCUCUCCAACAAUCUUUGGAUAUUGAGAAAGUCAAAUCUGUAUUUCCCUAUGGAAAAAUUGUGAAUGUUGAAGUUGUGGAUGGAGGUUUGAUAUGCUCAAGUGGGGUGCAUGUGGAAGAAAUGGGUGAUAAGAACGAUGAUUGUUACAUUGUGAAUGCUGCUGUGUAUGUGGGCUAUUGACUUGUGACUUCUGAGUUCUGAAUGAACAACUUUGUAAGGCUAACAGCAGUAGGAUCUUUAUGGAGGACCAAACGGGUUUCACCAAAUUACCUUUUGAGAGAAUCUCCGUGAGAGAGAGCAGUGUCUGUAUCUGGUUGCUUCGGCAGGAAAAUGAGAUUUCAGUCUAGUGUAAUAAGCUCUCGUUCAUAUGUUAAGAUCAUUGUUUCGCUCCUCCAUCGCAUGUGAACGUGCUUCUUUUGAUAAUGGAUAUAUGUUAUUAUGAUGAAAUUCGAACUCUUCCAGUUUGAUUA